AAAUAAUGCUUGUUUUUAAUCUGACAGGCCAUGCAGCAGCAGCAGCCCUUUGACUCAUCACUGGAGAAGCCACAGUUCCCUGGAGCAUCAGCCGAGUUUGUGGAUCAGCUUGAGUUCAUCCAGCCCAAUGUCAUCUCUGGGAUCCCAGUGUAUCGGGUGAUGGACAGGCAGGGCAAUAUCAUCAACCCCUCUCAAGACCCCCAGCUCUCCAUAGAGACAGUUUUGAUCUUCUAUCAGACGAUGACUCUGCUGAACACAAUGGACCGCAUUCUUUAUGAGUCACAGAGACAGGGCCGGAUUUCCUUCUACAUGACCAACUAUGGCGAGGAGGGGACACACAUUGGUAGUGCUGCUGCUCUGGACUCAAACGACCUGGUGUUUGGUCAAUACAGAGAAGCUGGAGUGCUGAUGUAUCGUGGUUUUCCUCUGGAUUUGUUCAUGGCUCAGUGUUACGCCAACGCUGAUGACCUCGGAAAGGGCCGUCAGAUGCCUGUCCACUAUGGCUCCAGAGAUCUGAACUUUGUCACCAUCUCUUCUCCUCUUGCCACUCAGAUUCCUCAGGCUGCUGGAGCUGCAUAUGCAGUCAAGAGAGAGAACAUGAACCGUGCUGUAAUCUGUUAUUUCGGAGAGGGAGCAGCCAGCGAAGGAGACGCACACGCCGGCUUCAACUUCUCCGCCACCCUCGAGUGCCCACUGAUAUUCUUCUGUCGUAACAACGGCUACGCCAUCUCUACCCCCACCAACGAGCAGUACAGGGGGGAUGGCAUUGCUGCCCGUGGUCCAGGUUAUGGCAUGCUGUCCAUCCGUGUCGAUGGUAAUGAUGUGUUUGCUGUGUACAAUGCUACAAAGGAGGCAAGGCGCAGGGCCGUGGCUGAGAACCAGCCGUUCCUCAUUGAGGCAAUGACCUACAGAAUUGGCCACCACAGCACCAGUGACGACAGCUCAGCUUACCGUUCGGUGGAUGAGGUGAACUAUUGGGAUAAGCAGGACCAUCCCAUCUCAAGACUGAGACAUUACAUGACGGCCCGUGACUGGUGGAGCGAGGACGACGAGAGGAGCUGGCGGAAGCAAUCCCGCAAGACGGUGAUGGAGGCGUUUGAGAAGGCAGAGAAACGCCUGAAGCCCAAUCCUGAAUUGCUGUUUACCGAUGUCUACCUGGAGAUGACGCCCAACCUGAACAGGCAGAGGGAAUCUUUGUGGAGGCACGUGCAGCAGUAUAAAGAGCACUACCCACUUGACCAGUAUGAGAAGUAACUGCACUGACAGGAUGGAGUAAGACUGAAAGUGUGAGUGGGUGAGGAUUGAGACUGGGAUAAACUGUUGCAUACCAGUAUUCGUACAAAUAUAGUUUUGAUAUGACAUUUCUUUAUGCACAACAGAGGGAGAGAAGAUGAUUGUGCUUUCAAAAAUAUUGUACUUCAUGCCUCUGGUUUUGGUGCCUUAAGUUAAUAGAUUUACUGUCAGUAGUGAAGCUCCUAUGUACGUGCUUAACAUUACACUUGUUUUCACAGUAAUUUAAAGGUCAUCAAUGUUCUUGUGCAGCAAAAACCUGCUGGUGCAGUUUGAAUGCAUUAUGCCUACAGAAGUAACACACAAAUCAAGCAAUAAAUGGUGGAAGUUUACCCCUGUUGUGUAUGUUCCCUCUGUAACUGUCCUCUUCAGUGAUUAUUGGAUUUAACAGGUUUCCUUGUGUAUCAUUGGGGUGACUGAUUUAACUUGUGUUAAAGAACCUGUUUUGAUGGUUUUUGGUAUAUACACACAAAUUAUAGGUGGGUUUGUAUGUUGUAGUGCUGUUACACACUAAAUCCCAGAACUGUACUCCUUUCUAGCUCAUGUUACGUUUGGUGUUGUGGAAAAUAAACUGUAGAACUUUC